AUGACGCUGUCGAAUAUUCAACAACGAAUUCCAAAACGUUAUGUAUUGAGUUUCUUGGGAUUCAUCGGAUUAUUCAAUGCCUUCAUUUUAAGAGCAAAUCUAUCCAUUGCCAUCGUUGGAAUGGUUACUCCAAUGUAUGAGACAACACCGAACAAUAUCAGUAGAAUAAUACCAGCUAUCCAUAAUUGGAAUACAAGAACACAAGGCUAUAUUCUUUCGUCAUUCUUCUAUACUUAUUGUCUCUUUCAAGUACCAGCUGGAUUUUUAGCAACGAAAUACGGCGGAAGAAUUUUAUUUGGUGGUAGUAUUGGUUUGUGUGCUUUUUUAACUUUGUUUACGCCAAUAUGUGCUCAAGCUGGAUCAGGAGCAUUAAUAUUUCUACGACUUCUUGAAGGUCUUGUUUCAACUUGUGUAUACCCAGCACUACAUGAUAUAUGGUCGAAGUGGGCACCGAAAAGUGAUAAGUCGACAUUAGCAACAUUUGCUUUUUCGGGAGCUUAUGUUGGCACAUUUAUAACAUUGAUGUUUGGCGGUGUGAUUGCUGCCGAUUGGGCAUGGGAAUGGUUAUUUUAUUUAUCAGGAUUGUUUUCUCUUGUAUGGACAGUAAUUUGGUUUUAUUUUACGGCUGAGCUACCGUCGACUCAUGAAACUAUAUCAGAGGAAGAAGCAAAAUAUAUUGAAGAACAUAGAGAUCAAGCGAUAUCACAAAUAGAUACGAUACCUUGGAAAGAUAUAUUCACAUCAUUGCCAGUAUGGGCAAUUAUUGCUGUUCAUUUUGGAACUAAUUGGUCACUCUUUCUGGUAUUUAAUGAAUUUCCAACAUUUCUUGUUAAAUCACUAGGUUUUCAUGUUGAUUCGGCUGGAUCAAUCUCAGCUCUUCCUUGGUUAUUGUUAUCAGUGACGGUGUAUGCAGCAGGUAUCAUUUCCGAUAAAUUAACCGAAAAAUAUUCAACAUUAUUUGUACGAAAAUUCAUCGUAUCUUUAACUUUCAUCGUUUUGAUAUUGGCUUUCGUUCUCGUAACUUUAUUGAACGUCAAAAGUCGUGCUUUAAUUGUCACAGGUAUUAUUAUUGUGGUUAGUGCAUGCGGUCCUGCUUGGGCAAGUUUCGGUGUUAACCAUCUCGAUAUUGGUGGACAUUACGCAGGUGUUCUAAUGGGUAUAUCGAAUUCCAUCGGAUCCACACCGGGAUUCCUCACACCGAUUAUAACGGGUUAUGUCGUUGACGAUUCAUCUUCGAAACGUGAAUGGGAUAUAUUAUUCGUUAUUUCAAUGGUUAUAGGCGCGUUAGCUCUCGUAUUCUACAUUGUUUUCGCUGAUGGUGAAUUACAACCGUGGGUAUUGGGUGGUAGCGAUGAAUAUGAACCGGUGUUCAACAAUCCUAUAUCAUCCCCAAAUGUUAAUGAGAGCAGUGUUCUCAAUGAAAAUAAUACCGAAUGGAUUCGUAGAUUUGUUUCUGCAUAUACAAGUGGACAAUCAACAACACAAAUAAUGGCUCUAGCAAAUAUUUAUCAACGAAUUCCAAAACGUUAUAUAUUUAGUGUAUUAGCAUUUUUUGGAAUGUUUAAUGCUUCCAUGUUACGAUCGAAUCUAUCAAUAGCGGUUGUUGAGAUAAUAACUCCAAGGGUUGAAAUAACAUCGGAUAAUACAACUAGAAUAAUACCAGCUGUCCAUAAUUGGAGUACAACAACGCAAGGCUAUAUUCUUUCGUCGUUUUUCUUUACUUACACAGCUGUUCAAGUACCACUUGGAUUUUUAGCAACAAGAUUUGGAGGAAGAAUUUUCUUUGGUGGUAGUAUCGGUUUGUGUGCUUUCGUAAGUUUAUUUACGCCAUUGUGUGUUCGAAGUGGAUCGACAGCAUUAAUCCUUCUGCGACUUCUUGAAGGAUUUUGUUUGAGCUCUGUGUACCCUUCAUUGCACGUUGUAUGGUCCAUAUGGGCGCCGAAAACUGAUAAAUCCAAAAUGGCAUCGCUUGCUUUUUCUGGAGUUUAUUGUGGUACGUGUUUCAUAAUGCUUACUGGCGGUGCUAUUGCUGCUGAUUGGUCAUGGGAGUGGGUAUUUUAUUUACCAGGAUUGUCGGCUCUUUCAUGGACAAUUGCUUGGUUUUAUGUGACAGCCGAAUCCCCAUCCACUCAUCCGACUAUAUCAGUUGAAGAAGUAAAAUAUAUUGAAGACAACAUGGAUAAAGAUAUAUUAAGAACAGAGACAAUUCCUUGGAAGGCUGUACUAACAUCAUUACCAGUGUGGGCUAUUAUUGCCGCACAUUUUGGAGCCAAUUGGUCUGCCUAUUUAAUACUGACAGAAUUACCAACUUUUCUGGUCAAAGCACUUGGCUUUCGAAUUGAUACAGCUGGUUUAUUGGCAGCUCUCCCUUGGCUAACUUUAGGAAUAUCAACAUGUGCAGCUGGUGUUAUUUCCGAUAGAUUAACUAAAAAAUAUUCUACAUUAUACAUUCGAAAACUAAUUAUGUUUAUAACUUUUACUAUAAUGGUAUUGAGUUUUCUUAUGAUAAUAUUAUUGAAUGUCAAAAGUCGUGGCUUAAUUAUGAUAGGUAUUAUCAUUAUGGCUACUUCAUGCGGUCCUGCUUGGGCUAAUUUUGGUGUUAAUCAUCUUGAUAUUGGAGGACAUUAUGCAGGUGUUCUAAUGAGUAUAUCAAAUUCUAUUGGGUCAACACCGGGAUUUCUUGCACCCAUGAUAACUGGCUACAUCGUUGAAAAUCCACACUUAAAACGUGAAUGGAAUAUAAUCUUCAUAAUUUCAAUCGUCAUUUGUGUGCUAGCUCUUGGGUGUUACUUGUGUUGUGCUGCUGGUGAAUUACAAGCGUGGGCAUUGAAUAACAAUGAUGAAUACGAGCCUGUGCUCAAUAAUCCUAUAUCAUCUCAAGAUCUUAAUGAAAAUAAUACCGAGUGA